AUGCAAUUAGAGAUUGAUCAUUUAAAGAGGAAGUUGCACCACGAACGGCGAAGACAAACUCCCUCCCAUUCUAACUUCUCUUCUGACAAUGAGGAGGACGGUAGUUAUAGACGUAGAUCAAGGACUCCUCCUAGUGAGUCUUUUUCGUAUGAAGAGGAAUACCACCAUGAGCACAAAGACAGGAACAAGUCUUCCAAAGGCGUAGGAAAUGACGCGAUGAGCAGAGCACCUAACCAAAUUUCCAAAUCACCUUUCACGCACAGAAUCGAGGGAGGGAAACUUCCUUGGCAGUUCAACCAACCAACAUUCACCGUCUACAAUGGUAGAAUAGACCCUAUGGAGUAUGUGAGUCAUUUCAACCAAAGAAUGAUUGUUCACUUGAGGAAUGAGACACUGAUGUGCAAGGUGUUCCCAUCUAACUUAGGGCCUGUGGCAAUGAGGUGGUUUGAUGGCUUGGGGGCGGGUUUUGUUGAUUCUUUUAAGGAACUUACCCAAGCUUUCAGAUAUUGGGAGAUGUUCAAUGAGAUAGAUGGUGACUUUGACAACGUAGCCAUCAGGACUUUCAAGGUCGGUCUACCUGCCGAGCAUGGAUUGAGGAAGUCUUUGAUUAGAAAACCUGUUACUAGUGUAUGCCAGCUCAUGGAUCGGAUUGAUAAGUAUAAAAGGGUCGAGAAGGACCAACAGCAAGGUAAGGGAAAGGGUAAGGUUAUCCCUCAAGAGAAGAGGGAUUUUAGGUCGGACCGAUACGACAAUAACAGACCCCGAAAGGAUUUUGCUGAACAAUCUGGAUCUACAGUUCCUCAGGCAGUUAACACUGUGUUCCAAGAACUAGUGCAUCAAGUCUUGGAAAAGAUCAAGAACGAGUCAUAA